AUGUCCGAACUCUUCAACGCCAACCCCGUCGUUUUCUCGACAACGAAACCUUCCUCAAGUCGUCUAGCAGAGAAAUCAGCGCAAUCACUAUGGCUAUAUGAUAACAGCGAUACAGAAGAAGAAGGAAACGAGGUGGAGGAGAUCGAUCAGGACGAAGUAUUUGAUCUCAUACGCUCGAUAUACGACCCAGAGCACCCAAACACCCUCGAAGAACUCCGCGUCGUGUCGGCGUCUCAGGUAACAGUGGGCCACAACCGUAUCAAGGUCGAAUUUACACCCACGGUACCUCAUUGCGGCAUGUCUACACUCAUUGGCCUCUCAAUCCGAGUCCGCUUACUCCGAAGCCUUCCAAGUCGGUACAAGGUCGAUAUUAUGGUCCAACCAGGUUCUCACCAGAGUGAGCAUAGCGUCAACAAGCAGUUGAAUGACAAGGAACGUGUGGCGGCAGCCCUGGAGAAUCCGCCUUUGGUGGAGACUGUCGAGAAGUGCCUGGCGAACACCUGCGCCCACGACCACGCCCAUUGA